AUGGAAGGAGGAUCUAGUAGUGCGGCGAUGGAGGUGGAAAAGUCUGAGAGUGCUGCGGUGCGUCCACAGAAUGAAGCAACAGGCCAGGAUGAGGAGAUGAAAGGGGGAGAGGGUGAAAGCACUGCAAUCGAUUCCAAGGCGGAAGAUCAGGGAGAACCGAAGGAGUUGACAGAAGCGGCUGAAGGUGAAGACCAGGGUGGUGCAAGCAAGGCUGACGAAGGAACCGGUCUGAAAUUGAUGGCGCAAUACAAGGUUGCGUGCUUGAACUGUGGAGUUCAACUUUACAUUGAGCUGCCGCCGAAUUGUGCGAGCUUUCAAUGCUGCCAGUGUCAUGCUGUCCACAAAAUCCUUCAGCCGGAUCCCUCGUUGGCAGCAGGCGACAGUAAGAAAAGGAAGCGGAAAGAGAAGCGAGACAAGAAAGAAGGUGAACAGUGCUACCCCUCCUCUCUCUGCAUAGCAUCGAGAUGCUUUUCUUCCUCUGACUUUCUCACGUUCAAAGACAAGGAGCCCCGUGAGCUGUCAGGAUACAACAAGUUCAUGAGGACCCAGCUCAACAUCCUCAAGGAGACGAACCCAGAGUUAGGCCACAAGGAGAUGUUCAAGCUUGCGACAGAGAAGUGGGCGACCAGUCCUGACAACCCCAAGAAUGCUGCGCCGCAGGGACAGGAGGAAGGCAAGAAGCCCUUGGAAGGCUCGGAAGGCCUGGUGAAAGACGACGAAAAUGAUGAGGACAAAGAUGAGAAGGAGGAGGAGGACGACGACGACGAAGGGGCAAGCGAGUCUCAAGGAGCCCAAGCGGAAGCGACGGAAGGAGACAAGGAAGCGCUGAAGCCUGUGCAGGUCCUCACGUCGGCUUCAGUAGUGCUGCGCUCGCUCCUGGCGGACAGGAUUGAGGCAGGCAGAGGGGGCAGGGAAAAGGAGACGAGGCUGCGAGGAGAGAGGCGGAGAAGAUAA